AUGACCGUCUCAAAGCUCCCCUUCCACGCUGACCACAUUGGUUCUCUGAUCCGACCAGAGUCGCUAUCGCGCACUCAGGAGCAGGCCGAUGCCGGUCAAGUCUCUGCUGAGCAGCUCGUCGCCACUCAAAAGGCUGCCAUUGCAGACAUCGUCAAGAAGCAGCAAGAGCAUGGCGUUCGCGCCAUCUCCUCCGGCGAGUUUGAUCGCAAGUACUACUUCGGCGGCUUUUUCGAGCGUCUAGGGGGUUUCAAGGAAUAUGAGCCUGUACCUUGGGACCUUGUGCGCCUCUCUGCGCCGCCCAUCGCUGCCCUCAAGAAGGCUGGCAAGCAGUACCCCAUGGCUGCUAUCUGCGAGUCCAAGAUUGAGUACAAGCAGAGCCCUUACCUUGAGAACUGGAAGAUGCUUCGCGAGUGCGUUCCUCGCGAGCAGUGGGCCGAGUGCAAGUUCACCAUGCCCCCUCCUUGCUACUUCCACCUGCGACUCGCCUCUGGAAAGUGCUACAGCCCUGAGGCCUACUCCAACGACGAGGACUUCUUUGCCGAUCUGGCCAAGGCUUACCGUCGGGAGUUCCAAACUCUGUACGCUGAGGGUGUGCGCAACAUCCAGAUCGACGACCCCACUCUCGCCUACUUUUGUUCCGAUGAGAUGCUUCAGUCUCUGAGGGAUGAGGGUGUUGACCCUGACAAGCUGUUUGAUACUUACCUCAAGGCUCACAACGACGCCAUCGCCGACCGCCCCGAGGGACUCCACGUUGGUCUCCACGUCUGCAGAGGCAACUUCUCCAAGUCGAUGCACUUCAGCGAGGGUUCAUACGAAAAGAUCGCCGAAAAGUUCUUCACAACGCUCAACUACGACACCUUCUUCCUCGAGUACGACAACCCCCGCUCCGGCGGUUUCGAGCCCCUCCGUUUCCUCCCCAAGCACAAGAACGUUGUCCUCGGUGUCAUCACCACCAAGGAGCCCGAGCUGGAGGACGCCCAGGUCAUCAAGCACCGGGUCCUCGACGCUGCCAAGAUCAUCGCUGACGGUCAGGGCCGCAGCCUUGAGGAGGCUCUCGAGACGGUUGGCAUCAGCCCCCAGUGCGGCUUCGCUAGUGUUGCUGUCGGUGCUGAGGGUAUGACUGAGGAGAAGAUGUUUGCCAAGCUCAAGCUUGUCAAUGAUGUCGCCAAGGAGAUCUGGCCCGGAAAGGCUUAA